UACUUUUCCAAUAAUUAGAUACCUGUGCUUUUUAUAUCCGAUUAGAGGUUGAAAUCUGGAUGCGUAUUGUUACUAUUUACCUUGAGAAGAUUCAGAAUUGUCAAGCACAAUAGGUUGAGGAAAGUAGGCGCGAGACAAAGACCUGUCGCACCCAUAUAGCGGCGCCAAAUCCCGACCCGAUUCAUAAUCACAGACCCAAAAUCAGUUCCCCUUCCACUUACCACUUUCCAGUUCCCACACCCGUGCGGUGCAACCCAAACUGUAGCGACUUCUCCUUAACACCACACCGCCCAUCUUAUCUGCCCAAGCCACCCACCCCCUGAUUCCAAAAUCCCCGCUUCUCCUUCCUGGGUUUUCAUCUUCUUCUUCAUACACUCUCCCACUUCCCCCCCUUUCCCUUCUAUUGUCCUUUUUCUUUCUGUUUUCCCAAACCCUUUUACCUUUUCCCUGUAAUUCCCAUGGAGAAAGGCCUCCCAUGGCCUAAAUUUGCCCCCUUUUAGUUGCUUUCUCUCUAACCCACAUUCCCUUUUCCAGGAGAGAAGAACGAUUAUUUAUUCUUAGAAGCGGGUGGAAUUAGUUUAACUGCAGUGGAUUGAAAUUGGCCUGCAUAUUCUACCUUAUUUGUGCAAAAAGAUUGUCCAAAUCAAUGGGUGGUACAUUCAAUCCACAAAUUUUGGUAGACAAGCUAGCCAGGCUUAACAACUCACAGGCGAGCAUUGAGACUUUAUCCCACUGGUGCAUAUUUCACAUGAACAAAGCCAAACAAGUUGUAGAAACAUGGGACAAGCAGUUUCAUUGUUCUCCACGUGAGCAGAGGUUGGCAUAUCUGUAUCUUGCUAAUGACAUUUUGCAGAACAGUAGGAGAAAAGGCUCAGAGUUUGUUGGUGAAUUUUGGAAAGUCCUACCUGAUGCACUGCGUGAUGUAAUUGGAAAUGGAGACGAAUUUGGAAGAAAUGCUGCCCUACGACUGAUUGGCAUUUGGGAAGAAAGAAAAGUUUUUGGAUCUCGAGGACAGAGUCUUAAAGAAGAGAUAAUGGGAAAACAUUUGGAAACUGGUAAUCGUAAUGGGAAGCCAUUCAACAGUAAACUGAAACAAUCUGCAAGUGUGUCAUUGGAUAAAAUAGUUUCUGGUUAUCAAGUUGUUUAUGGAAAGGAGAUUGAUGAAGAUGCAGUAUUGAGCAAAUGCAGGAAUUCUAUUAGCUAUCUUGAGAAAUUGGACAAAGAAAUUGGCAAUGAUGUCAAUUCAGGGCAAUACCGUGGAUCUUCAAUUGCAGAUGAUUUGAGGGGACAUCAUUCAAUUUUGAGGGACUGCAUCGAACAAUUAACAACAAUUGAAACAUCAAGGGCUAGCCUUGUGUCUCAUUUGAGAGAGGCUCUUCAAGAACAGGAAUUCAAGUUGGAGCAAGUCCGAAAUCAACUUCAGGCUUCUCAUUCCCAGUCGGAACAAACUCAGAAUCUCUGCCGCCAGUUUUUAAAUGGUGAAAAUGUGCAACCUAUGACUGAAGAGGGAUCAAAAGAUGCUCAGACCUCAGUAGCACCUCACAGCCUUGUAUCAAGGGAGAGAGAACAAUCAGCGCCAGUAAUGUAUGCAGCCUCAGUACCUUUCCCUUCAAAACCUGGGCCUAAUGAGGAAGAUCCCCGCAAGUCUGCUGCUGCUGCAGUGGCAGCAAAGCUCACAGCAUCGACAUCCUCGGUACAAAUGCUCUCUUAUGUCCUAUCUUCGCUGGCAUCAGAGGGCGUAAUCGGAAAUCCAAAUAAAGAUUUACCUGGCGAUUAUCCGUCUGAAAAGAGGCCGAAACUUGAAAAUGACCAGUUGCCUUACCCGCUGCCUCCCAAUCCUCAGCGACCACCAGUCUCUUCCUUCCCUCACCCAGAGUCUCUCCAACAUAACUCUUCAUCCACCAGUCAACAAUACACUCCUUCUGACCCUCCACCUCCUCCGUCAUCAUCUCCCCCGCCGAUGCCUCCGUUACCUCCCGUCGCACAGUUCCCUCUGCCCCAGUUCACACAGAAUGCAGGGUCAGUAAGUAGCAUACCGAUACCUUACAGUUACAGUAUGACACAAUCACUGCCACCAUUGGCAAUGCCUGGCUAUCCAAAUGCAGGUGCCCCAGUGACCGGGAUGUCUCCUUUUACAAUACCAACAAAUUCUUACCAGAAUUUUCAGGCUCCAGAUGGUAGUUUCUAUAGUCAGUCUUCAUCGAUGCCAAUGGCACCAAUUUCUAGGCAAUAGAGCUGUGUAAUACUAGUGCUAUUUGAUCUGUUGUGCUAACAAAUCUUUCAGGAAGUGGUGCAUCCCAUUAAGGUCCAUCGAGGAAAUCUUGCAUCGAGGAAAUCUUGCAUCCUUGUAAUUCUCCACCUUAAGUUCUGACGACUUAACUACAUGGAUUUUGCACAUAGUAAUAGUUUGUAGUCUAUCUUCACUUUCCAAUGUAUUGCUUGGAGUUUCUGACUAUAUUUGGCCUAGUUGAAUGGAGUAGUAUGAUAAUGAAUUGUGUUGACUUCAUAGAUUUUUGCACAUAGUAAGAGUUUGUAAUUUAACUUCAUUUAUUAAUGUAAUACUCGGAGGCUAGAACAGAAUUUUAUCUUGUUGACUAAAGUCUGAUUGUUUA